ACCCGGACCCAUCACAGCGCCGUGUAACUCGUUUCCUACUCCUAGUACUGAGUCUGUCCUACAAAGCCGGUGUCUAGUGUAGAGCGUAGAUCUAACAGUAUCACGUAUUUUAGGUCAGUAUCAUCAUUACAUGGAUCAUGCCUCGUGCCAGUCGUGGCAGGGAAUGGAGCUCAGUGUUUUGUCAGUCUGUUCCAGGUAGGACUAGGUAGAUUCUACGUAUACGUGUAGUGCCUACUAGUGGCUUUCCCUGAGAGUAGGUCUACCAAACCACUUCGAUAGGGUCUACCGUCCUGUCGCAGGAGCACUAGUGUGACCUAGCGCUGAGUCCGAGAACAAGAGUCUCCGCGCCGCUACCUAGAUCUAGCUGUGCUUGAAAGGAGUUGCUACCCAGCUGAAGUCCUGAGAGAAAAUGAGCUUGGCUCAGCGAGCACUAACGGUAACUGAUGAACAAGCUUCUUGACAUCCAGCACUGUACCACUAUAAAAUUGGUGAAUCGGCAUUGCCUCCGAGGAAAACGGUCGCCGGGAAUGCCUGCUAAAAUGAUGCGGAGCUACUCGCCAAGGAGGUACACCGAGUCACGAUGCCGGCUGCUUGUCAUGAUGACGGCUGGUUUGUUGCUUGUGUCGACUGUGUAUUCAGCUGGUAGCAGGCACGUGAGUGUGAGACAGGACAGAACCAUCGACAACCCCCUGCGGCCAGUCAACCUUGUGCCGUCGCCGCCAGACCUGUCUGGAAUCAUCGAUAUCGACAUCGACAUCGACAGCAACCAGUUGCGGUGGGAGCUCCAGCAGAAGAACCUUAAACCAUCACGGAUGAUGACCGUAAGUCUUCCCAUGCUGGACAUUUUCGAGCGAGAGGCCACCGUAAUACCUCUAAUCACUGUCUCUGGCCGAGUGAAGAACAUGCCGUACGCCGAGACCAACUUGACAAUUCAGUUAUAUCCUUCGGCGCCGGACCCUUCACUUGUGGGCUUCACGACAUGGAUUCAGAGGAAUAUCAGCUGUGCCGAUGUGAAGCCUGCUUGCGCGCUCCCGCCCAACGAAGCCGGACUGAUUCCGAGCGCGGUGAUUUCGCCAUUGGGCCGAGAGCUGGUGAUCCUGGGCUUGUGGCAGGAAAAUGGUACGGAGGCAGUGUACGUGUGGCGAGAUGGAGAGUUGUUUCAUGCCGCCAUGUCGUUUUAUCCCGGCCUGUCCCUGAGCAGUGCAUCCGUUGUAGCAGUUCGUCCCACCAGCAGCGGAUCAGGACAAGAUGCGCAAGGUGUCGAGUUCAGUCUGUUUGGACUCACUGGCAAUAUCACCGGGCUUCAGAGCAUGUGGCAAGUGGACUUCUUGAAUGGAGCGACGUCCGCAGUGGGGAGUGAAGUAGUAAUUGCAGAAAAUUCGGAAUUGCCCAACAGGCGGUAUGCAAGUCUGUACUAUGAUGAACUGAAUGAGCAGUUGAUAUGGUUUGCCGGACAGGAGGUUGUCAGUAACCUGAGCACGGCCGAAUGUGAGGUGAUGCUGUUCAACCUGACGGAGCGGCUGUGGAGGAGCGGAGGCCGGUUUCCCAGGGACUGCGGCAGCUGGACUGUUGCAGGAACGCUGUCGGUGUUUGACCGCAGUGACGGCACGCUGGCCGUCGUCAUCCAGGAGUCCCAGCACGCCAUGACGUCCGUGAUCUCCUACUCCGUCUACACGAGGUCGUUUGCAGGCAGCAGCAGCUCCGAGUGGACGUACAGAAACGUCCACGGUACCGAGCUUGCAGUCAUUACGUCCCACCUGGUGGCCGGGAGCGGAGUAGUACAGCUCGUCACUGAUGUAUCGCCCUAUCUCUUCGAGAUCAAUCUCAAUACGUCGCGGGGACUGUCCGAAGGUAUAUUCCACCCCGUCAUACACAACGCGGCCCAGUUCUAUCCCGCACUUGCCAUAAAGUUUGCGCGGACCAUGAUCAUGUUUCAGCCGCCCUUCAUCACGGCCACCGCGUUAGGGAGCACGCAAUCGAGUGUCCUGCUUGGUGGGUCGGUUUGGGAUUCCACCCUGGACCCAUACUCCCUCUCUACAGUCACCGAGAUACCAUUCUACGGGGCUGGCAAUGGCCUGCCAGUGUUUGACGGAGAAACACCUGGUGUCCGACUGCCAUACAGGCGUUAUUUCAUGUCCAAGAAUCCCACGGAUAGCGAGGGUGGACUGCUUGGCGGGAGGUUCUAUCUUACACUACCGGACGCAGACACUAGCUGCAUAACAGUUGUGCACGGGGGAAUGAAGUUCAGCUCAAUUCUUGAUACUCUCGAGCCACCUCUGGAGGGUCUCUCAACGCUAUGGUGUUUCAAUGCUUGCGACCGUACAUGGAGAAAAGGCCGGUAUCUAGGGAAGGACGUACCUGCUGGUCGCUUCAAUCAUGCAGGCUUCGCAGUGAACGCGUCUUCAUUUGUGAUAUUUGGCGGAGUAGCACCCGCAGCCAGUCUCUUUGAAUUCCAUAACUUGAAGGACGUGUGGCUAUUCUCGUUCAGUGGCAGUGUUGGACAAUGUCAAGGUUCAUGGCAGCCACUCAAUGCCAGUACUCGUCACAUAAUGUCACCGCUAUCCUCGCCAAGCGUCACGACGGUGCACGGCAGACACCUGGUGUUCGGCGGUACCCAUUCGGCAGUGUGGGCAGUACUGGACCUGUUGGACCUGUCCAACGCGUUCUUCACGAUGUCCGUCAACCCUGCAGCAGCCACGUACACGUUGAACGAAGUGAACACACCCGCGAAUCAAGUUAGUGGUCGUAUCGGGCACAUUCUUUUCCAAUAUAGCGCCAAUUCGCUGCUGCUGUUUGGCGGCCAUAAUUCUUCUGGUGGUUCGCAGGAAGCGCAGUUGAUUGAUUUCAGAAUUGAUUCUCGUGGCCAGUUCCUAAUUGAGCAAAUAGGAGAUUUCUUCAUGCAUGUCAGUAGCAGCGGCAUCAACAUUGUCCCAGUCAAUAGUGGGUAUAUUCUCAUGGCGGCCCAGUCGGAGAGCUGGGUGUUUGGGCACCAAAUCAGCCGGCCGCCAAUUGUGUUUCUUGAAAGCGGGCUGUGUCGCUCCGGCUUUCUGCGGAACAAGCAAACCGACGUAUGUACGCCUUGCCCAAUAGGCACAUGGGGAAACGAUGGUCGUACGUGCAACCUGUGCCCGAAUGCCACGACAACGCUGAAACGCUCCAGCACCUCGCUGUAUGACUGCAACCCGUGCGUGGAUGACUUCUGUCACCUUCACGGAACCUGUCGUCUCUUUGACGGCCGGCCAUCGUGCUUCUGCGACUUUGGAUACGACCCUAGCGACAACUGCCGAGAGCCGUACAUUAUUGUUGCCACUGUUCUUGCAGUGCAUGUGUCCAUGCUGGUCAUCGUUUUGUCCUUAUACCUUUUCCGAAAGAGGCAAGCCAGAGCCAAGGAAUUGAGCCGCGAGCUGCGCGCCUCGACCAAGCGCAUCUCCGACCUAAUGGCUGCCUGGAGAAUCGAGUGGAGCCAAAUACAGCCUCGACAUGUAGUCGGGCAUGGUGGCUUCGGUGAAGUAUGGCUGGCCGAGCUGAACGAUACAUUGAUAGUCAUAAAGAAGCUGCACAGUCACUUUCUGCAGGACGAAGCGUCAAUCAAGGAGUUCCAGAGAGAAGUGGAGCUGAUGAAGACCCACCGACAUCCAAACAUUGUGCUCUUCCUCGGCGUGGGCACGGACCCGAAGGACGAACCUUUCCUGGCAAUGGAAUACGUCAAGCGGGGCUCGUUGAAAUCUAUCCUUGCUGACAGCUCAGUGGCCGUGAGCCACAUGGAUCGUCUUCGCUUCAUGUUGGAUGCGGCCAAAGGCAUGGCCUACCUGCAUGGCUCUUCACCAUCUAUUAUCCACCGUGACCUGAAGUGUGCCAAUCUGCUGGUAAGCGAGCGGUGGGUUGUGAAGGUGGCAGACUUCGGAACUGCCCGGCUUCUCUCGUACCUUGACAAAGCUCGCAAGAAGUUGGUGCGUGAGGACAGCGCCACCAUGGAGAUGUCGGUGUAUAGCGCCGACAGUCCGCUGCUGGCAAACUGUGAUGAUGUCACUUUUCAGAUUGGCACGUUGCCAUACCAGUCGCCGGAGAUGAUUCAAUGCCAAGUCUACGGCACGGACACGGAUGUUUACAGUUUUGGCAUCGUGCUCUGGGAGGCCUAUACACGCCAGUCGCCGUUCAAGGACAGAUACACGUUUGGCCACAUGAUCUGUGACGCCGUUCUCUCCGGCGAACGACCCACCGUGCCGGCCGAUGUCCCCUCCGAUUAUGACAGUCUGAUGCGUCGGUGCUGGAGCGCCAACGUGGCAACCCGUCCCGAUUUCAAAGAGAUCGUCGGUGAGCUUGAUAAACAGUUGACAUGCUGGUAAGCCAGCUCAUAAUAAUAAUAAUAUUAUUAUUAUUGUACAGGUUUGCAUAAUAGAGAUAAAGUAUUUUGUGUAGCAAAAGUAAUACCUCGUUCCGCUUCUGCAUUUCUGAUUGCUGAUUGCCGAGAAGCUUAUCGUAAUGAGCUAGCGGUAAAAUAUGUGAAUACUAAAAUACUAAAACACGGCUGGUUUGAUAGGAAUUCUCUCAGCUCAUAUACAUACUUGUAAUACAUUUUGGGGGCAAUACUGUACAGCGUUGGACAGAACCAGGGAGCAGAUAUUUUACUACUCCCUGGAUGCGGACACAAGCUCGUGCAAACGCGGGUUUUCCUUCGUUGAUUUCAUUUCCAAUAGCACUCUCCUGGCCAGGUGAGAAUCCUUCUCGCAAUGCAAAGGUAUGCGUGAAUUAGGACAUAAUUGUUCUGGCCACUUUCAUUGGUGAGUCAGUUGUGUGAGUCUUGUAGGCCAGCAAUACACACAGUUCUUUUGCUGGUCCGCCUCAGACUACGAACCUUGAUUGGUGCAUGCAUGGAUUUUCACUAGGAUGUCUUCACAUCACCCAUUCCCAUGCAGCAUGCCCUUGCUAAAUUUGUUCAUUGCUGGCUUACGAAUGAACCCACUCGCGUAUCCUGUCCCCAUGGCAACUGCUCAGGGAAACUAGUUGAUUUAUGCCUGUGGAAUCUAGUAUAAUGGGUUGUUUCAGCUACAUGUAUCUAUUUUCCUUGGCCCAGCCAGCGUGAUAGUCAUGAUUCACCGCAGGCUUGAUAGUCUCCUUCUAUUUAUAUCAUAAUAUAAUUAUAUUUAUAAUUAUGUCCUGCACGUUUCAGGAGUCUCCGCACCCUGUGACGGGCACUUGAGCCGAGAGUUGAGUGUACCAUGGUGUACUGUCUUAUAGACAGUGAUGUUUUCA